UUUGCAUAAAAAUAAAAAAAAUAAAAAAAAUAAAAAAAUAAAUAAAGCUCAGUAAAUUCUUUUUAUAAGAGAAGCUUGUCCUAAGAAAAGCGAACGGCGGCAACAUUACACAUUUACACAAUCACACAAACACAAUUACUGAAUUACACAAUAACACAAUUACACAGUCCCACUUAAAAUGGAAAAAGAGAGAGACCUGACGAUGACGAUGGAUGACCUCGCGGCUCUCGGCGACGAUAUGUUAUACAUGCCGGGGAUGAUAGACGGAGGCGGAAACAGCGGCGGCGGCGGCGGCAUCACAACUUUCAAGCAAAUGAAAGAGAAAAGUACGUUUGUUCCCGACCUAACAAACUCCAGGUCGUACGACUGCUUGUUGAGGAACCAGAUGAGACAUUUCUACUGGAACCAAAUCCAGAAGUUUGGGGGUUUGGAAGGUCUUCUUGGCAAGAAGUUGGUCGUUUUUCAGCUUGUUUUGGUUGAUAAAGGUAGAGACCUGCAAAUGAAGCUGUAUCAUGAAGUUUCCAAACAGAAUCCAGAGGAUCCAAAUGUUGCUGAAUGUUCCAGAAACUUGUUUAAAGCUCAUAUUCCGCAUUUGCUGCAAUGCCUCCAAGAUUCCAAACGCUGGGUGUACUCUCGCUCCUUGGUGAUCAAAGAGUAUAACAGGGCCUUGCUCGAUGAUACACUUCUGUCACUCCUCUCCAAUGACCCUGUUGGUGGCCUUAGAGACAUAGCAUUUGAUAUCCCAUUCGGUACUCCUGACUCAGAGGUUGAUAAACAGUUGUACGACUUGAUGAAAAAUCCAGUGAAGGAGUACAAAGAUACACCCAUGCCACUUGGAAUUCAUUGUACUGAGGUCUUGAUGUUUCUUGCUGGAGAUUUUGCUCUCGAUAAUGCUGGAGGGUUGAACAGUCGUAAUGCAGUUGUGAAACUCUUGCGUUAUCUGAAUACUGAAGACGGAAUACAGAAAAUACAUGGGUUUGAUGAGAUGGCUGCUGGUUGCCCCAAAGUGAGCCCUGAGAAGAUAAUGUCGCUGAAAGACGUGCAUUUGACUAGUUGAUCAUAAGCUGUACUCGCGUGUUGGUUUCAGAAAUUAUGUUCCACUUAUCGGAUUUGUUUUGGCUAUGCUGUGAGUUUGUAAUAAUUGUAGGAAACUUUGUGAAUAACGAGAAAGAGUACUGGUCUUUGUAGCUUAACUUGGAGCUGAGUAAUGUAGCUUAGACCUUAGGGAUGCAAGUAAUGUAACUCUAAGCUUCUAGUACAUGUGGCCGGUUUUAACUGGAUAUACAGAUUCUCAAGUACUGUAACUGACAUUAUACGUGCUUGUAAAUCACGAUUUCAGACAUCUAUUGCUUUCCUUAACUAAGUGAAGCUUCUUGUUUUCUGUCAA